AUGGACUAUUUAAGGUCAAUCUUAGAAAUGUUUCGCGUGGCACGUUGGUUGGGAAUAGCUGGUUCAAGUAAAUAUUACUGGAAACUUUGGGGCGUGGCAAUGAUAUUCGUUUUAACAGUUGUAGAAAUUGGUGCGAUAUGGAAAGUAAUAAAAGCGCUCGCAGGCUGGGCGACGAGCACGUCAGGGCACAUGUGGCACAUUAAUUCUAUGGCAUUCAACUCGCAGUGGUACGAUGAAAGUCUAUCCACUUCGUGUCCAUGCGCCUCAAGCAAUUGA